AUGCUCGAACUGGAGAGAGAGGGUCUAUGGAGAACCGACCCACGAUUGACCAAGAUGAACGAGUUCUUGAAGGAUCUGGCCGAGAGCGUCCGCUUGAAGGAGGGCGAGAACAUCUCCAUGGACAGCCUCUACCUCGAUAAGGACACAUUCCUCGAGGUGGUGAAGAGCAAUCUGGGCCUGAUUUCCCGAGCCUUCCGUGCGAACCUGAUCAUUCCAGAGUUUUUUUACUUCCAGAAGACCUUGGAGAAAUUCUACGUGGAAUGCAAAAGCAACAGGGAUGGAAAGGCUUUGAAUGAGGAAGAGGACCCGAUUGCUUCUCAGAUGUUGGAAUUGAUCUCAGGAAUGACGGACGAAGACGCGUGGGCCGUUUCCGUCUGCACCGUCGAUGGCCAACGCUGCUCAUUCGGAGACUGCAAAACCUAUUUCACCAUGCAAUCUUGCAGCAAGGUGUUCGCCUACGCGUUAGCGCAUUCGGAGUUGGGGAAAGACGUGGUUCAUCAAUACGUGGGACAGGAGCCCAGCGGCAGGGACAUCCGCGAAAUGGCCCUCGAUUCAUCAGGUCGACCCCACAAUCCGAUGAUAGACUCCGGGGCCAUCAUCGUCUGCUCCCUUCUGCAAACCAUGGUCCAUCCCGAGAUGAGAUACUCUGAGAAGUUCGAGUGGCUUCGAAAUGCAUUCCAGCGGAUCGCGGGGAACCUGCCGAUCGAGUUCAACAACGCGGCUUUCAUCGCCUCGAAAGAUAUAUCGGACGGGAACUUCGCCCAGGCCUUCUACAUGAGGGAGAAUAAGUGCUUUCCUCCCUCGGGCGACCUCAAAGCCUGCAUGGACCUCUACUUACAGAGCGGCUCGAUGGAGGUGACGUGCGAGACGAUGGCGGUCAUGGCGGCCACGUUGGCCAACGGCGGGAUCUGCCCGCUCACGGACGAGCAGGUCCUUCGAAACGUCUCCGUCAGGGACACGCUCUCUCUGAUGUACUCCUGCGGGAUGGAUGAGUACUCCGGGGAAUUCGCCUUCAAGGUCAGCAUCUUUUCUUGCAUGGGGCUUACGGAUUCGCAGAACAAGUGCAACGACCGUUGA